AUGUCACCACCAACCUCCUCGUCUCUCAAGGAUGCUACCACCAGCCUUGUCUCUUGUGUCAACUUCACUACUGAAGGUGUGGAUGAGUUUAUGUCGUCUACAAUGAAUAUCGACAGUCAAGACUUAAUCAGUAAGAUGGAAGGAUUUGCUGUUCAAGGCAUGAAAGGUGCGGCAAAAAAUCAUCAAAAGCAGUGUUCUGCAGUUCGCUCAGCAAUCCGCCAUGAAAUUGGCAAGAGACUUGUUGAAAUCACUAAGGACGAAGAUGCGAAGAUGCACUGGACCAACUACUUUCGAAAUGUCAUCCAAUGCUACCAAGUGAUCAUCGAAGUUGAUGACGAGGAGUUUCAACAACUCCUCAAAGAACGCAACAAGAGCCUUGAAAAUGGCGAGCUCAUUGAACACCGCCGGCGGACUCGCUCAGAUAAGGGAAAGAAGCGGGCACGGUCUCCAGACACAUAUGGAGAGUCAAACCAUCGCAAGAAGACCUACAAGAGUGUUGAGACUGUCGAUACAGAUGAUCAAGAUGAAGAGCCCACUGAAGAGACUUCAGCUAACAACAUCGACACUGAUGAUGCCAGCGCCAACACGAACAUCAACACUGACGACACCGGUGCCGAUACUGACACCAACAUCAACGGCAAUACUGAUGCCAACCUUGGUGCCUUUGACAACGUGAAUAACGGUGCCUUGAACUUUGAUCCUGCUACCUACAACCUUAAUUUUCUUCCUCCCAGUCCUGCAGCCACUAACCGCACUACUCUUGCUGCCAAUGAGUUGAUGGAUCCUGAUAUUAUGUUGGCAAAUUUAGAUCGUAUGUUUGGGCCGCCACCAGCGCCUCACCAGUUGUAG